CCAGUCUUGAGUUUGUGCAGAAAAAAUUUGCAGUUUUGUGCCUUGCUUCUCUUCUGUCUUCACUCUUUGGCUGCGUCAUUAUCUCUGAAUCCUGUUGCACGUGUAGCCAACACUCUGUUAAACCUACCGGUUUCCUCCUAAAAAUGGACCAGUCAUUUUUAUCUGCGUCUUCCCUAAAAAGGUCAGUCUUUUUUUCCAUAUCUUCUCUCUCUCACAUCCGUUACAAACACAGUAGAAGCCACUGAAUUUUGUGCGAAGUUUGUGUUGUGGGGUCCAUGCAUCCCACCAGCACCACCUCCCUUGAAAUUGUCCUACUGUGCUCUCACCUAAACUCCCCACCAGUACCAACACCACCUGACCUCUCUUUCUUUGAAUUUCCCUCCGUGGAGGAAACCAAAAACCAAUCACAUUGGGCAUUGUUUGCUGCAAAUUUGGUUUUUUUAAUGGCUUUGAAGUGUGCCUCCAUCUGGGUUUGUGCUAAAGUACCUCACUUUCAUCUUGGGGUGCCAAAUUUGGAGGCUAGGCGAUAUGGGGUUGCUUCAGAGUUGAAGCUUCCCAAGUGGGAAUUUUGUUGUUCGGCUGUUGUGGCAGAGCAACCUAUCACUUCUCUUGAUGAUGAGAAGCUGUACGGUGCUGGACUUGCGUCUUCUCAUUCUUUUAGUCGGACCCUGGAAAUUAAGUCCAUGGUGUUGCAGAAGGACUUUAGUCUUCUUCCUAAACCCCUGUCUGCGAAUGAUCUACUUCCUUCUCCUGAUGAUGGGACAAGAGUUCGGGUUGCUUAUCAGGGGAUAGCAGGGGCAUAUAGUGAGGCUGCUGCAUUGAAAGUAUACCCUGACUGUGAAACUGUUCCAUGUGAUCAAUUUGAAUCUACAUUUAAGGCAGUUGAACUUUGGUUGGUGGAUAAAGCAGUUCUCCCUAUCGAGAAUUCUCUAGGUGGUAGCAUUCACCGUAAUUAUGACUUACUUCUUAGGCACAAGCUGCACAUAGUUAGGGAGGUCCAGAUGGCUGUAAAUCACUGCCUUUUAGGGUUGCCUGGUGUCAGAAAGGAUGAACUGAAACGUGUUUUGAGCCAUCCCCAGGCGCUGGCCCAAUGUGAGAUGACUCUAGGCAAGUUAGGUCUGGUUAGGGUCAAUGCUGAUGAUACUGCUGGUGCUGCUCAGAUGGUUGCUGUAAGUGGCAAAAGAGAUACUGGAGCAAUAGCAAGUUCUCGAGCUGCAGAAAUAUAUGGACUUGACAUUCUGGCUGAAAAAAUCCAGGAUUGCAAUGAGAAUAUUACCCGUUUCCUAAUACUUGCAAGAGAACCCAUAAUUCCAGGAAUCAAUGGGCACUACAAGACAAGCAUUGUCUUUGCUCUUGAAGAAGGUCCUGGCGUGCUGUUCAAAGCCUUGGCAGUCUUUGCAAUGAGGGAUAUCAGUUUAUCAAAGAUAGAGAGUCGCCCACAACAAAACCGUCUUCUAAGAAUUGUGGAUGAUUCUAACAAAGGAAAUCCCAAUGGCAGGAACUUUGACUACCUUUUUUAUAUUGAUUUUGAGGCCUCAAUGGCAGAGCCCCGUGCUCAAUAUGCAUUGGGACAUUUGCAGGAAUUCUCAACAUUUCUCCGCAUUCUGGGUUGCUACCCCAUAGAUACAGGUAUAUAGAUGGAUACCCUCAUGGAGUUCAUCUUCCCAUCUUUUAUUUGAUCUGUGAAGCCUGCAAGGUGGAGAGCUGUUAAAACAUCAAGUAGUGUACAGAGCCCUCAUCCAGCUGAAGGUGAAAAAUAAUUUUCCUGGGAAAUGCUGAAAGCUUUCUGGGUUUAGUCUGCAAUCUUCUUUAGUAUGUAUGAUCUUCCCUCUUUUUGUUUUUCCAUACCUCCCAAUGGGGGUAUACCUAUCUUUGAGGCCAUCGCCUGUGUUUAUGUAGCAGUUUACAUUUCAAGAAUAAACAUUUGGAAGUUUC